AUGACGACUGCUGCCAGUGUUUACCCCGCCUUGGAGGCCCGUCCUCUUAAGGACACCAUCUGCCUGUUCGAUGUGGACGAGACCCUCACCAAGGCCAGACGGACUGUCACACCAGAGAUGCUUGAGCUUCUUUCUCGCCUGCGCCACAAGUGUGCAAUUGGCUAUGUCGGCGGCUCCAACUUCGUAAAGCAGCAGGAGCAACUCGGAUCAGGUACCACCGAUGUCACCUCUCUGUUCGACUUCUGUUUCCCCGAGAACGGUCUGGUCGCCUACCGCAUGGGCGAGCCUCUCUCUAGCAACAGCUUCAUCCAGUGGCUCGGAGAGGAUAAGUAUCAGCAGCUCGCGGACUUCUGCCUAGGAUACAUCUCCAAGAUCAAGCUUCCAAAGAAGCGUGGCACCUUUAUUGAGUUCCGCAGCGGUAUGAUCAACAUUAGCCCCAUUGGCCGUAACGCCAGCGUCGAGGAGCGCGAUGAAUUUGAGGCUUACGAUAAGAUUCACAACAUUCGGAGGGAUAUGGUGGAUGCCCUGAAGAAGGAGUUCCCCGACUGGGGUCUCACCUUCUCCAUUGGUGGUCAGAUCUCUUUCGAUGUCUUCCCCACUGGCUGGGACAAGACCUAUUGCCUGCAGCACGUCGCGGCCGAGAAGGGCAUCUCCGGUGUGGAUUACAAGACCAUUCACUUCUUCGGUGACAAGUGCUUCGUCGGUGGCAAUGACUAUGAGAUCUACUCGGACCCUCGCACGAUCGGGCACGAGGUCAACGGCCCCGAUGACACCAUGAAGCAGCUGAAGGAGGUGUUCUCCCUGUAG